AUGUCCAACUUUCUCAACCAGGACUUCGGGUCCGACGACGAGGAAGAUGAAUUCAACCCCGCCCCUCAGGACGACUCUGAUGCCGAGGAGCCCAGAGCCAAGCCUGCCAAGAAAGAGAGAUACGGCCGCGACCACGAGGACCGAGAUGCCCACGAUGAAGAGGACGACGCCAAAGAUGCCGAGGAUGACGACGAGGGCGAUAACCAAGGAGACGACGAUGACGAGGAAGACGAGGAGGAUGAAGAUGAAGAAGAGGCAGUGAGCCGUCGCCCGCGCAAGAAGAUGAAGGCCAGCAACCCUUUCAUUGAAAUUGAAGCCGGUGUCGACGAAGAAGAGGACGAAGCCGAAGAUGAGGAGGAUGAGCUCGCCGAAUUUGGCAUGGAAACCCACCCCGAUGAUCUCGAUGUGCUACCCGGAGGCACCGAGACAGACGACCGCCGUCACAGACAAUUGGAUCGUCAACGCGAGAUUGACGCCAGCAUGGACGCAGAGAAGCAGGCACAGAUGCUCAAAGAGCGAUACGGACGGAACCGUGCUGCAGCUUCAGAUGCGCUCGUUAUUCCGAAGCGACUGCUUCUUCCCAGUGUGGAGGAUCCCAGUAUUUGGGGUUGCCGCUGCAAACCCGGCAAGGAGAAGGAAGUUGUAUAUUCGAUCCAGAAACGUCUCGAGGAACGCCCAGCAGGCUCCCGCAACCCGAUCCGUAUCAUUUCGGCCUUUGAGCGUGGCAAUGUUAUGCAGGGUUGGUUUUAUUGUGAAGCCCGCAGACAGGCCGAUAUCAUCGAGGGGUUGGAGGCUAUCAACUUCUACUACCCAUCACAGAAGAUGACCCUGGUCCCUGUGAAGGAGAUGCCAGAUCUUUUCCGCGUUCAAAAAUCCGAGGAGCUCUUGCCUGGUGGCUGGGUCCGUAUCAAGCGCGGUAAAUACUCUGGUGAUCUAGCACAGAUCGAGGAAGUCGAAACAAAUGGACUGAAUGUGACUGUUCGUUUGGUUCCUCGGUUGGACUACGGAAUGAACGAAGACGCUCUUGGUGCCCCUCCUGUUGAUUCCAAGCGCAAGCGUGGUGCGGCCAACGCAGUUCGUCCCCCACAGCGCCUCUUCAGCGAGGCAGAGGCAAAGAAGAAGCACGCCAAGUAUCUCUCGUCUACUUCAGGUCUCGGUGGAAAAUCAUGGAACUACCUCAAUGACAACUACGUCGACGGUUUCCUCAUCAAGGACAUGCGUGUUCAGCACUUGGAUACCAAGAAUGUCAACCCCAGGCUAGAGGAAGUCACAAUGUUUGCCCGUGGAGGCGAAGACGGCACUGCCAACCUUGACUUGGCUUCGCUCGCUGAGACCCUUAAGAAGUCUACUGCCGAGGAAGCGUAUCAACCGGGUGAUCCAGUUGAGGUCUACCGAGGUGAACAGCAGGGCCUUAUUGGUCGCACGGUAUCAACUCGGGGUGAGAUUGUUUCUCUUCAAGUAACCGAGGGUGAUUUGGCUGGACAGACAAUUGACGCGCCCGUUCGUACCCUUCGCAAACGGUUCAGAGAGGGUGAUCACGUCAAGGUUAUUGGAGGCAGUCGUUAUCAAAACGAAUUGGGCAUGGUGGUCCAGGUCAAGGACGACACAGUCACCCUGCUCAGCGAUAUGAGUAUGCAGGAGAUCACAGUUUUCAGUAAGGAUCUUCGACUUUCUGCCGAGAUGGCCGCCGAUGGACAACUUGGUAUCUAUGAUGUUCACGAUCUGGUUCAGCUUGAUGCUGCCACUGUUGCCUGUGUCAUUAAAGUGGACCGCGAGUCGCUCCGCGUUGUGGACCAGAAUGGCUCUGUUCGGAAUAUCCUUCCCACCCAGAUUGCAUCCAAAAUCACUCCUCGCCGUGAUGCAGUUGCUACUGAUAAGAACGGUGCGGAAAUUCGACUUGGCGACACCGUGCGCGAGCUCUACGGAGAGCAGCGGAGUGGAGUCAUCCGCCAUGUUCAUCGUUCCUUCCUUUUCUUGCACAACAAGGCCCAGGCUGAAAAUGCUGGUAUCACUGUGGUGCGGACGACAAGCGUUGUCACUGUUUCAGCACGAGGUGGCCGACCUGCCGGACCUGAUCUGACAAAGAUGAACCCGGCCUUGGCUAUGCAAACACCCGGCGGUGGCGGUGCUCAAAUGCCACCACCUCGUCGUGGCCGCGACAGAUUGCUUGGCAAGACCGUGACUAUCCGCAAGGGUCGUUAUAAGGGCCUUGUCGGUAUCGUCCGUGAUGCCGAUGACAGCUCUGCCCAGGUCGAGCUUUACACAUCCAACAAGCCCGUUCACAUUCAAAGAGACAUCCUCACCGUCAAAGAUCCCAUCACCAAACAAUCCCUGGAUAUGGGUGGUGGCCGUGGCAGAGGGUCUCGCACUCCAUUUGGGUCAAAUGGUCCCCCGUCGAGAGAAGGUGGAUGGGGCGGUGGUCGCACUCCAAUGGCUGCUGCCGACUCCUCCAGAACCCCUGCCUGGGGUGGUGCAGGUGGAUCUAGAACUCCUGCUUGGGGUAACGCCAGUGGCUCUCGCACACCAGCAUGGAAGAACGAUGGUUCUCGCACCUCAAAUCCUUACGAAGGAAACCGCACCGCCUACGGAGGAGUGGGCAACCGUACACCAGCAUGGAACUCUGGAUCAAAGACACCUUACGACUCCAGCUCUGGCUUCGACGCCUUUGCCUCCGGCUCUCGGACUCCCGCCUGGGGCAGCGCCGGCGCCAACACAGGAAACCGCACCCCAGCUUGGGGCGGCAGCUCCAGCGGCCGAGACCAGCGCGACUUCGAUGAUGCCCCAACACCCGGUGGAGGCUACUCUGCCCCCACACCAGGCGCUUACGCUGCUCCGACCCCCGGUGCAGCAACCCCUGGAGCAUGGCCUGAAAGUGCCCCUACACCUGGCGGUGCGUUCAGCGCACCAACUCCCGGCGGCCCCUCAAAGCGGGACUACGACGCUCCUACUCCUGCGGCUUAUGAUGCACCCACUCCUGCUAUGGGUGGUGCGGCUGCUACCCCUGGUGCAUAUGAUAACGGACCUCGAUAUGAUGACUCGCCCAGCCCGUGA